AGUUGUAGUUUCUACCUGUGCCAGCAGGCAUGGCGGCCUCCAUGGCGGGAGGAUGUGGAGUAGCAAUGGGUCUAGCCCGGAGCGUUGGAGCCGUCAGGGCGCUGCGCCCUGCGCCGACCUCCGUCGCCCGCUGCGCCCGCGCGGGGCCGGGCCGGCAGCAGAGCACUGGACCUUCGCAGCCCGACGCGUUCAAGCCGCCCCCCAAGCCCGUGAUCGUGGACAAGCGCCGCCCCCCGCGCCCGGAAACCCGGUUCUUGAGUCCUGAAUUCAUUCCUCCAAGAGGAAGAACAAAUCCUCUGAAAUUUCAAAUAGAAAGACAAGAUAUGUUAGAAAGGAGGAAAGUGCUCCACAUCCCAGAGUUCUAUGUCGGGAGCAUUCUUCGUGUUACUACGGCCGAUCCAUAUGCCAGUGGGAAAACCAGCCAGUUUCUGGGGAUUUGCAUCCAGAGAUCAGGAAGAGGGCUUGGAGCGACGUUUAUCCUCAGGAAUACUAUUGAAGGACAAGGUGUUGAGAUUUGCUUUGAACUUUACAAUCCUAGAAUCCAGGAGAUCCAAGUGGUCAAAUUAGAGAAGCGGCUGGAUGACAGCUUGCUGUACUUACGAGAUGCCCUUCCUGAGUACAGCACUUUUGAUGUUAAUAUGAAGCCAGUACUGCACGAUUCUGGCCAAGAAGUUCCUAUUAAUCAGCUGAAAGUAAGGAUGAAGCCUAAGCCCUGGUCCAAACGCUGGGAGCGUCCAAAGUUUAAUAUUAAAGGAAUCAGAUUUGAUCUUCACCUAACUGAAGAGCAAAUGAAAAAAGCUCAGAAGUGGAGUCAGCCGUGGCUAGAGUUUGAUAUGAUGAGGGAGUAUGAUACUUCAAAAAUUGAAGCUGCAAUAUGGGAUGAAAUUGAAGCAUCAAAAAAGUCGUGAUCUAAACAUGUAUUUACCUCCUUGCAGAAGAUGUACUGACUCUCAGUAUUUUUUUUAGAGACCAGUUUAAUUUCAUAUAUAAGGACAUAUUAAAUCAACUAAGUAUUCAUUAUAUGAGUACUGUUAUAAGAAAAAUAAAAUUAGCACAUCAGUUUA